GACUUUUAGAACUGUCAGUUUCUGGGACAAAACACAACAAGAUCCGCAACCCCGUCGUUUUGCUCGCCCUUCUCCAUUGUCAACGCCUUCUUCCUCACGAUCCCCAAACUCCCAAAUUCUACAACACCGAAAGAAUCAUUCUUUCUACACAAAUCUCCCAUAUAAAGCAAUUCUUUCACUUUCCCCUUUUUGACUGUGAAAUACAGAAUUUAGUCUCAUCAUUUUAUUUCAUUCCCCUGAUUAAUCCUUUUUCCUUUAUUUCAAGAAGGGAGAGGGUGAACAAACAUGGGGACGGCACUCAUGGCUGUGUUGAUGAUCUUGAUCAUGGUUAUAAUGAUGGACUCUGCAAAAUCUGAAGAUACGAAUCCCGUUUUUAAUCCCUGUCUGGAUGCAAAGGUUCAGAAACAGGACGGGUUCACAUUUGGAUUGGCGUUCUCUUCCAAAGAAAACUUCUUUUUCAACCAAACACAGCUCUCGCCCUGUGAUCGCCGGCUAGCCCUUUCCGGCGUAUCCUCCCGGCUCGCCGUUUUCCGGCCGAAGGUCGACGAGAUUUCGCUGCUGUCAAUCAACACCACCAAGGGCGGUGGUUAUAUGGUGGCGUUUGCAGAGCGGGAAUAUGCGGCUAGGUCCUUGCCUGUCCUUGUGGCAGAUAACAAUUACGUCAUCACUAGCCAUACCUUGGUUUUGGAAUUUCAAAAAGGGACUCUACAAAAUCUAUACUGGAAGAAGUUUGGGUGCGGUUCAUGCAAUGGGGAUCCAUUUGUGUGCCUUAACAAUACUGAUUGUGCAAUCUCAAUCGGCAAGUGUGAUGGAAAUGGAGGAACCAUAGAUUGCAGUUUGAGCAUACAAUUGGCAUUCUCUGGUACAGAUAAGAACGGUGAUGUGUUCAACAGUUGGUACGAGGUCAAGAAUUUAAGACAAUACUCACUAUAUGCGCUUUACUCGGGCCUCCGCAACUCUAUCACAGAUCCAUUCAGAAACCUCUUUUGAGCAUUGUUUUGUACAUUACCCAUUCUCAGGUCUGAUAGCUAGUACUAAUGAUGGCUAAGAGUGAUUAAUGUUAUAUAUAUAUAUUCGUACAAUUGGAUAGUUUUAUUGUCUAAAGCUUCUAACGUGAGGAAUUCUAACAUGGACUUCGAUACUUGUAGUUCUGCUGGGAUUUGCUAUUUUCAGCUCAAUCACAACUUCUUAAUUUGCCUGAGUUUAGAAUUUAAAUGGCCA